AAUGCAACCAAAACCCUUUCUCUCUCUAGGGUUUUAUUCCUUGAAUCCUGCAUCAUUUCAUUUGCGACUCAUUGGAUCCUGUCGAAAGAAAUGAGCUUGUUUUUAAGAUUAAGGUAUCCUUUGCAUAAUGGGUGUUUUGGCAGAAAACCCUUUGAAUCUCAUAUUAUAACUCUCAAUGCUUUCAGCUCAAACAGAUUAUCUCGAAAUUUUAGUCAGCCCGCAAAGCAAGAACAAGAAGAUGAGGAAGAAGUUGAUAUUGAUCAAAGGAGACUCCCAGCCGACUAUGAUCCUUCUAAUUUCGAUCCCACUGAACACCGUAGCCCUCCAACGGAGCGUGUUUGGAGACUCGUUGAUGAAAUCUCUGGCCUUACUUUGUCUGAAAUUUCCGAGUUAGGCUCUAUUAUAAUGAAGAAACGUGGAAUGACCAAGCCGCCCACUGUGGGAGUCAUGAAGGGUGGUGCUGCUGUUGGCUUGGCUGGAAUGGCAACGAAAGCGACAGGUGGUGGGGCGGCGGCUAAGGAAGAGAAAAAACCAGAUAAGACUGUUUUUGAAUUGAAGUUGGAAUCAUAUGAAGCUGCCUCAAAGAUUAAAAUAAUAAAGGAGGUUAGGAGUUUUACUGAUUUGGGUCUCAAGGAAGCUAAGGACUUAGUUGAGAAAACACCCUCUGUCUUGAAAAAGGGUGUCUCAAAGGAAGAAGGUGAACAAAUAAUUGAGAAGAUGAAAGCUCUUGGUGCUAAAGUUGUUUUGGAAUGAACAUUUGAUGGAGAGCAAAGCAACAGGUACUUUUGGUUUUCACCUUGGGAUUUUAU